AUGGCGCCGAGAAACUAUAGGGAUAAUGCUUCUGAACCAGAAGUAAAACAAGCUGCGAGCUCAAGAUCCUCUACAAAAGCAAAAAAUGCAGCAGCACAACAAGCACAGCAGGAGUAUUUAUCAAAGCACAUAAAUUCGAAUGGACCACAGGAUGCACCAAAGGUAGAUCCACUAGAUUUCUAUUCCUUUGAUUGCAAAACGCUAGAUAAGUACGUACGGACAUACGGCUUGAAUCUUCCCCCUACGAUGACUAUUGAUGGUGAUAUUCUACAAAGUGAUAUUGGAAAGAAAACUUAUAGCUACAAACACAGUAAUAAAAAUAGAGUCAGCAAGCUUGAACAAUCAAACAAUGUCAAGAAACAUUUUAUGAAUUUACCUUGCAGAGAAAAUGAGAUAAUAACGAAUUUUCUUUAUAAAGCCAAUAAUCAGGAUACGGAAUUUAAGUUGAAAUUCAACUAA